AUGGUGACUCAUGGAACCGAGUUUUCAGAUCCGACGGGAUGGAAGGUCCUGCACAACAGCUCAGCAAGUUACCAGGUUUGCAGAAUUCCGAUCCAUGCCGAACUUUCGUCAAGUACGCAAUCGGCUAGCGCUGGUGUUGUACCAGUCAGAGGCAAGAACGAGCGAUAUCGAUCUAUGAACUUCCGCGCGAGGCUUUUGAUUCUUUUUUCGCAGCGGAUGCAGCCGAAAUCGAUUGAAGACUGGUUAGUCAACUGUGUAGUUACUAGUGACUCUGGUGGUACGAUCAUAGAAUACGAUGCAGCAGCAGGCAACGGUUUCUGUGUUGGUUGCGGGACGAUCGUUGAGGAGAAUGCGAUUGUGUCUGAAGUUGUGUUUGGAGAGUCGUCGAGUGAUGCGGCGAUCGUGCAGGGGUCGUUUACAACCGCAAUUCGCAUGUAUACCCUGGCUCUUGAACAUAAAUUCACGAAAGGAAGGACGAAUAUGGACGUUAUUGCUGUCUGUCUUUAUAUCGCGUGCCGACAGAAGGAGACUCGAAAUUAUAUGCUUAUUGAUUUCUCUGACUUGUUGCAAGUGAAUGUAUUCGAGCUCGGACAUACAUUCCUACAACUCGUCCAAACACUCAACCUCCGUCUCCCUCUAGUCGACCCAUCACACUACAUCUCCCGCUUCGCCGCACUCCUCGAAUCCGGUGACGAAACACUCAAAGUAGCAGCCGACGCAGCCCGCCUCGUCGCGCGUUUCGACCGUGACUGGAUGUCCCGUGGUCGUCGACCAGUAGGAAUCUGCGGUAGCUCUCUUUAA